AACGCUUCUCUCUCUUUUUCUCAAACAGUUUCGUCAUUACUUCUUUCUCAAGAAUGGCUGAUUAUGCCGUGGAUUCCGGUUCACACGUUGGUUCCAAGCGCAGAACCUCUACUGACACUGACCAACAAGAAGAAAAUCUUCUUCAGCUCCCCUCUUCUCUCUCUGAGACUACCGUCGACCGCCGGGAUUCAACCCCACCAGACCGCCAAGAUGAAACGGCUAUCGAUAAUAGCAGUCCAAAGAAGAAAGCCAAGUGCUUUCCCCUUCUUUCUGAGGGGAACCAAGAAAUGGGUCUCCAUUCUUUCACUCAAAAGAAUGUCUCUCUUUCUGAGCCUUUCGAGAAAGAAGAGGCAUAUGAUGUGGAGACCAAAGAGGGUUCCUUUGGAAUUCAACAAGUUGGUAGCCAAGUCAAUGCCAUUGAAGCUGGUUUGGGAUUUGAGGAGAAAAGGGUUAUCAAAGGAAAAGAUUUGGAAUCUGAAACUGUCUUGGAAGCUGAAAAGAAACGACUUUUGGAUGAGCUUGAAGUUGGAAACAUCUUUGGAGGUACAAAAGGACUUGCCUUGCCUGUUAAAGGGUCUUUAAUGGUUGAAGUUAUCGAUGAUACGGCUUUGAUUGGAUCAUUUCCUCUAUCCAGAACUGGAAAUGGAAGUGGAAAGGAUGAGAAGCAGAAGGGGGAACAUGAAAUUGAUUGUACCAGAACUAAAAGAUCAAGAAGAAAGAGAAAGAAUGUAAAAGAGGUUUUGGGGGAAUCUGGAACUGUGAGACAUGUUGAGUCAACCGAAAUAUUUGAAAUUCAGAAUGGGAAGAAAGAAAGCGGAAAUCAGAAUAAGAUAAUGUACUCAAGAAAAGAGUUAGAGGCUUUGAGGUUUGCUAAUGGUGUGGGACAGAGGAAUUUCUGGAGGGAUGUGUAUAAAAGUCUUGGUAAAGAUGUGAUCAGAGAGUAUGAGACUUGGGAAGGUGGAAGCAUCAGAAGAAAAUCGGCUCAGGUUCGAGCUCCGAUACACGUCAUGACUUUGCAAAGAAGACUGGGUCUACUGCAAUUAUGAGUGUGGUUGCUGGAAGGGGAACAAGGAAUGGUCUCAAUAUCUUUGUACAUUGAAGAAUUGCCUGAAGCAUUCUGCAAAAGACCUUAUGUGCAACAAUUCAACUAAUAGGAUUUUCUUGUGUAUACUUAGGUGCAUUAUACCCGUGUUUAGUUCCUAUAGGCUAAUGUACAUAGGAGUCCUGCUGUGAUUCUAAUGUGUGUGUUAGUAGUAUAGAUAUGCCAUUAUUUGUAACUAGAACUGAUAAAGUGAUGAUAUUCUUUAAUGAAAUUCAACUUUUGAAUGCCUUGCAAUGCAAGUGUUGCAAUUUUUUGUGUUUCCGCUUGCUGU